GAGAGCCAGCUUGCUGAGCCCUGGGCUGAAGGCCCCGUGCAGUCGUCAAUGGUACAGCCAGCGCGCCGGGUGUAGCCUCGCAUAUAGCCAGGGUGUAGCCUCGUACGCUAACACUGCAAAUUCUACCUGAAGUGUUAUUUCCUGGAAGGUAGUGUUGGGUCGCUAGAAUGCUGUCUCACCGCGGCUUCCCAUUUGUGUCUGGACGUUACACAAAAUUAGCACUUCAGAAUGCUACAUUUUCUACGUCUUGCAGAUCCAAUAAAAGUUAUCAGCUGGUGGUGGUGGGUGGCGGAGCUGGGGGAUGCUCCACGGCUGCUAAAUUUUCUUCCAAACUUGGAAAAGGGAAAGUGGCCGUGAUUGAACCUGCUGAUGUACACUACUACCAACCCAUGUGGACACUUGUGGGAGGAGGGAUGAAGAAACUAGAAGAUUCAAAAAAGUCAAUGAGUAAGGUGCUUCCCAAAAAAGCAGAAUGGAUUAAGCAGAGAGUUGUGAGCUUCGACCCGAGCAACAAUAAGGUUAUGACUGACGAUGGUUGUGAAGUGGGCUAUGAAUAUUUAGUUGUUGCUGUAGGUCUUCAACUCAACUAUCAUCAGAUUAAAGGAUUGCCAGAUGCAUUUGAAACGCCAGGUGUUUGUUCCAACUAUUCUCCAUUAUAUGUAAACAAGACCUUGAAAAGUCUUGAGAGCUUCCGUGAAGGCAAUGCUAUCUUCAGCUUCCCCGCAACACCAAUAAAGUGUGCUGGAGCUCCUCAGAAAGCUAUGUACAUAUCGGAGGAAUACUUUCGCAAGCAUGGCAAGCGGGACAAGGCAAAUAUAAUUUACAACACUUCACUGCCAGUCAUCUUCGGUGUCAAAAAGUACGCUGAUGCACUAUGGGAGAUUGUGAAGGAGAGAAACAUAACUGUGAAUCUUCGCCAAAACUUAAUUGAAGUGAAGCCAGAUUCUAAGGAAGCUGUCUUUCAGAAUCUAGACAAGCCAGAUGAAUUAACAACAUUCAAAUAUGAAAUGCUUCAUGUGACGCCUCCAAUGAGUACCCCAGAUUCACUUCGUAAUUGUGAUUCUCUGGUAGAUGCUGCAGGUUAUCUUAAUGUCAACAAGGGAACUCUCCAACAUGUAGAAUUUCCAAAUGUUUUUGGCAUUGGAGAUUGUACAAAUGUGCCAACUUCUAAAACUGCUGCAGCUGUUGCUGGCCAGUGUGGAGUGUUGCGUAAAAAUCUGAGUUUGGUAAUAGCAGGUAAAGCUCCAACUAGUCUUUAUGAUGGCUAUACCUCGUGUCCACUAGUAACUGGGUAUUCAAAAUGUAUUAUGGCAGAGUUUGACAUGAAUGGGAAUCCAUUAGAAACUUUUCCAAUCAACCAAGCAAAGGAGCGACGUCUUAUGUUCCAUUUUAAAAAGGACGUGUUGCCUGAUAUGUACUGGCUUGGAUUGCUGAAUGGAUACUGGGAAGGACCCAAAUAUGUGCGCAAGAUGCUGCACCUUGGCUUCAAGUAAGACUCGUCAAGGUUACCACUAGUUUGAACUGCACACACAUCUGGGCCAACAACAAUAUAUAGAGAAACAUAGAGGUUAUCAAUAUUUAAGGCGUUUUAUUUAAUAUACAGUAUUUAACAUAUGAAACCAAAUACUUGCACUGUAUCAUAAAGUAUUGCCUUUCAUAACCUUGGUCAAGAUAACCAUCAAUGAGGUCCGGGUUAUAUGACCAUUGUUAAAGUGACAAGCCAAUAUUGCAAAACAUUAUUCAUGGUUAGUAAAGAAGUAACUUGACCCACACACGUGUAGCGAGUAACGUUUCAGUUUGUCCUGGCAUAAUAAAGGUCCAGGAUCGACUAAAUCAUUGCCACUUUCAUUAUAUUUGUUGUGUAUGGGGUGGAUUACUAGUUUUAGCCACAUUGUGACAUUCUCUGCAUUCAUGAAUAAUAGUUUUGAAAUGUACGUUCCAAGAUAGAAAUAACUAGAUAGUGUAUUUCAAUGUCAACCCUUUCUUUCUGUGAUUUUUACUAGUGUUAAGUUGCAUUCUUUUAUUAGUUUUUUAUAUUUAAACAUUUUAAGGUCACCAAUCUUCAGCACUAUGCCCAUGAGGUUCCGAGGUGUCUGGAGAGGUCAGAGGCACGUUAUUGUAUUGUUAUACAUCUUCAAAUGCUGUUAUUUUAUUACGUUAAAGUUUUUAUUAAAUUAAUGAUUUGUGUAAUCGCUACAGUGCACAAUGUUGGAAAAGUGCAAAUUCAGUGAAGUUGUGUGUUGUGAGUAGUAACAAUGAGAUAUUGUGAUGUAGUUUCAUAUGUCAUUUUUGCUAUUCCAUGGAAAACAAUGUUAGUGUUUGCAUAUUUUUUUUUUUGUAAGCAAGUUAAAUUAGAUAGGAGUUUUGUCACUUGUUCUAAAAUUCUUGGUAAUGAAGAAUUUAAACUCUUCCUCAUAUAUUUAAUUCUUCAUUCCAUCUUUGCCACAACAAUAGUCUAAUCUUCCAGACUGCCAGGCUUACUUAAAAUCUACUCUCUAGCCUGUUUCAUUUCCUUUAAUCCCAACACACCCUUCACACCAGAAGCUUGUGUGAACAGGAUAACAACAAAAUAUGGGAAGUUGGCAUACAGUAUCUAUAGACUGCAAUGGUCUAUUGAUUGCAUUUUAAUGGUCCACAUUUCUUAAAAAUGAGAUUGCUCACUUUGCAUUGCUUUCCUUGUUCUGUUCAAUCUGCAUCUGUGUCUGGGGCUCGUCUUGGUGCUCGUGGGCAACAAGGAGGUCGGGAAAAAAGAACUCCACUUCAGCCUGGGCACUGGUCGUGUCCUGGGUGAGGUACAAGGGUGAGAAUUCUGCUACACAUUCCUCAAUUCCUUCUCCUGUCAAAACCACAGCCAGCACUACAUUCCUGAAAACAAAUAAAAAUCUUGUUACAUGGACUCUGGUAUCAAUUCUUUUAAGAAAUUGUACAGUGUUGUUAUGCCCGACAAUUUUUUAAUAAUGUAUCAUAAUACUUUAAAUAAAAAGUAUCACUUCAAUUCUGGUUAAUAAAAGAUGUUUAAGUGGUCUUAGUCUAGUUAUACUGUACAGUAUGAUGAAAUGUAUAGUGCUUUAUCAAACUGGUACUGUAUGUGAAAAGCAAAGAUAAAAAAAAAAAAUUGAAUUAGAUUGUAUAAUACUGGCAACCGGUGUGAUGAUUGUGGUAAUGCACACACACAAGCUUAUCAUAGAGACGGACCUUUUGGGAUGACAUACUGCAAUAUAGAGUAUUGUUUACCUAAUUGUGACUACAGGGGGAAGCGAAUGACGUAUAGACUGUAAAACAAGGCUGCACGAAGACCUACCCAAUGACUUUGGCAAGUUCCUGAGAAGUGGCAAGACUGGUGAUACUCUGAAGAGCUUCCUGCUGCAGUGUAGCUUGUGUGUGGGCCAACACUCGCACGCCACCCACACUCAUCUUCUCCAAAACCUGCCCAAUGCAACGUGUGCAUAAAAAAAUGUUUAAAAAUUGGUUUGCUAUGCAACAGAAGUAUCCUAUCUGCAGUCAAGGUGCACAGAUGCCAAUAUUUUGACAUGCUGGUACUGUCUUAUUAACAUUACCAAUAUCACAGAAUAUCUCUAAUCUGCAGGAAGAUCUCUGUUGGAUCAUAUUCCAAAUAACUUCAAAUAGAACACAAACUUUUAUAAUCUAAUGUAAGUUUCAUCUGUACACGAGUUUGUAGUAUUUUCAUUAGCUAUCAUAGUUCAGUGUAGUAAAUAAAAACAAAUACGAAGCUGUAUUUUGAACUGAAAAAUCAAUGUAAAUGAAAAUGCUAACCAACUCGGUUAGCUUUCAAUAUAAAUUAUA